AUGCCCUUCACAGAAGCUUGUCCAGUUUACGCGCCAUUCUUUGGUGCCAUGGGUUGCACCUGCGCCAUCGUUUUCACCUGCUUGGGUGCCUCGUAUGGCACCGCCAAGUCUGGCGUGGGCAUUGCUGCUAUGGGUGUCCUUCGUCCUGAUCUUAUCGUCAAGAACAUUGUUCCCGUUAUUAUGGCUGGUAUUAUUGGUAUUUAUGGCUUGGUCGUCUCCGUCCUUAUUUCCGACGGAUUGAAGCAGGAGCUCCCUCUUUACACUGGUUUCAUUCAGUUUGGUGCCGGUCUCGCUGUCGGUCUCGCUGGUCUUGCUGCUGGUUUUGCAAUUGGUAUUGUUGGUGACGCUGGUGUCCGAGGUACCGCCCAGCAACCCCGUCUCUUUGUCGGUAUGAUUUUGAUUCUCAUUUUCGCCGAAGUUUUGGGUUUGUAUGGUCUCAUUGUCGCGCUUCUCAUGAACUCCAAGGCUACUCAGGACGCCACCUGUUAG